GCCAGCUUCGCUGCCGCUGUCGUCUUCUGGUUCCGGCAUAUUACGUCUGCAAGGACCCUGCAUAAUUAGCCAUCAAAUAGUUCUCCAUCGCGGUGAUGAACUCGGUCUGAGCUCUAGGAAAGGAAGGAAUGUUGCCAUCUCAGAUAAAUGGCUCGCCAAAACGAGCCAACCCGUUUGGGCGCUCGAUGUCGCCGUCACCCGGGCUUCAGACAAGGCAGGCACGACCGAAGUCCGCCAUCAUGACAUCUCCCGGAAGAACGGAAGGGGCGAAAGCUCAUUUUCGAAAUUCCUCAGUUUCGCAACUUUCUCCAACGCUCCUCUCGGCGCCCGGCACACGCGAACGAUCGAACUCCAGGAAUAACGGGACGUCUGGGACGUUUGCACCAGAGUUUAUCAAGUCGGAAGAGCUACGCCGAGGGGCUGCCGAGAUCCGGGGGAUCGAGGGUGAGAACGACUUUUCGGGGAACAAGUAUGUGUGGCUGCGAGACCCUGAGAAGGCCUUCGUGCGAGGCUUAGUGGUCGAGGAAAUGGAGGGCGGAAAGCUGCUUGUCCGCUCUGAUGACGGAAAUCAACGAGAAGUCGACGUGGAACAGGUCGAUAAGGUCAAUCCGGCCAAGUUUGACAAAGCCGACGAUAUGGCCGAACUCACACAUCUGAACGAAGGCUCGGUCGUGCAUAAUCUACAGACUAGGUAUCAGUCGGACUUGAUAUACACAUACUCGGGCUUGUUCUUGGUGACGGUCAACCCCUACUGCCCACUUCCUAUCUACACGAAUGAAUACAUUAAGAUGUACAAGGGGCAAAGUCGGGAAGAGACACGGCCACACAACCAAAGUAUUCUGGUCACAGGAGAGUCAGGAGCAGGCAAAACCGAGAACACUAAGAAAGCACGAAGCAGCUGUCGACUCUUUCACAGCAGAUUCUGAGAGCCAACCCCAUUCUAGAAGCGUUUGGUAACGCGCAGACCGUCCGGAACAACAAUUCGUCUCGCUUCGGAAAGUUUAUUCGAAUCGAGUUCUCCCGCUCUGGCCAGAUAUCUGGAGCCUCGAUUGAUUGGUAUUUGCUCGAGAAGUCUCGAGUCGUAAAGCCAAAUCCGCAGGAAC